AUGCUUCUCAAACGUCUUACAAUCCACCUGAGCCUUGCCGUUGGCCUCGGUCAAGUCGAGGGGAGCAUCUGGCCCGCCCCGGCCAAGCUCCAAACGGGCGACAAAGUCCUGUUCAUAGAUCAGACCCUGUCCAUCACAUACAAUGGGGAAUUUGUACGCUGGUGCUCUUUUGUCAAUCCCUCUACCUCUCACCGGCACAAGGAUCAACAUGACUUGGGGCAGAUUGCUAAAGAUACCUUGAACAUACAGCUUCCAUACACCUACGGCUACACUCCGGCGCCCGGAGCCGACUACAACAGUAAGGAGAUUGUCCAGGCAGGUGUAUCGAGAACCUUGUCCGCCAUUUUCCACAAGAACCUGGUCCCCUGGAUGCUUCACGACAAGCAUGCCGACUUUGAACCCGAUCUGUACGCCAGCAACGGACGGGUGACCGCGCUCCACAUCACUCAGACCGACACCGAUGAUGAGGAGAGCCCGUACACGGCACUCGCGGGCGAAAUCGACGAGUCGUACUCACUCGUGUUGGCGGAGAACGGCAUGACACGGAUCGAAGCCGAGACGUCGGUCGGCGUGUUGCGGGCUCUGGAGAGCUUCAACCAGCUCUUCUACCAACACUCGUCGGGCAACGCAUGGUACACACCGUUGGCGCCCGUGUCGGUCGAGGACGCGCCGCAAUACCCGUACCGAGGCCUCAUGAUGGACACGUCGCGGCACUUCUUCCCGGUCAAGGACAUCCUCCGGACCAUCGACGCCAUGUCGUGGAGCAAGCUCAACAAGCUGCACAUCCACGCCACCGACUCGCAGUCGUGGCCGCUGGAAAUCCCGUCGCUGCCCGAGCUGUCGGCCAAGGGCUCCUACGCCAGGGGCCUCGUGUACACGCCACAGGACCUGCAGCACAUCCACGAGUACGCGAUCCACCGGGGCGUGCAGGUGAUCCUGGAAAUCGACAUGCCGGGCCACAGCGGCGCCAUCGCGCUCUCGUACCCGGAGCUGGUGGUCGCCUACAACAAGCUGCCGUACCACUGGUGGUGCGUGCAGCCGCCGUGCGGCGGGCUCAAGCUGAACGACAGCCGCGUGGACGAUUUCCUGGACACGCUCUUCGACGACCUGCUGCCGCGCGUCGGCCCGUACACGGCCUACUUCCACACCGGCGGCGACGAGCUCAACAAGAACAGCUCCCGGCUGGAGGAGAACGUGGGCACCAACGACACGGCGGUGCUGCAGCCGCUGUUGCAGAAGUGGAUGGACAAGAACCUGGCGCGGGUACGGUCGCACGGUCUGGUGCCUAUGGUCUGGCAGGAGAUGCCGCUCGAAUGGAACAUCACGUUGGGGGACGACGUAGUGGUGCAGGCGUGGCUGGGCGGGUCGACCAUCAAGGACCUGGUCUCGAUGGGACACAAGGUCAUUGACAGUGAUUCGAACUUUUGGUACCUGGACUGCGGACGAGGGGCUUGGCUCAAUUUCGACAACGGAGCGGCAUACGAGACGUUCUACCCGUUCAACGACUGGUGCUCGCCGACCAAGAGCUGGCAGCUGAUCUACUCGCAUGAUCCCCGGCAGGGCUUGACGGAGGACGAGGCGAAGCUGGUGCUGGGCGGCGAGGUGCCGGCGUGGAGCGAGACCAUCGACUCGGCCAACCUGGACAUGGUGCUAUGGCCGCGGGCGAGCGCGUUGGGCGAGGUGCUGUGGUCCGGGCGGAUCGACCCGGCGACGGGGGAGAACCGGAGCCAGUUCGAUGCGGCGCCGCGUCUGUCGGAGCUCAGGGAACGGAUGGUGGCGCGCGGGGUCGGAGCGGCGCCGAUCAGCCAGCUGUUUUGCUCGCAAUCGUCGCCGGAGGAGUGCGCGUUCCUCAUGUGA